UAUUAUUUCACUAAAUCUCCAUGUAACAUCUCAUUAGGGCCAUUAUAACAACUAAUAUCUGUUCCUAAACAGAAGAGUCCAUGCAGAAGAAGCCAGCAAACAAAUGAUCAAGGACCAUUCUUUUGUUAUGCAAAGAAGAAUAACAAUUUUGCAGGAAAUCAUAAUCUUAUAUUUCUUAGAGAGUUAUUGGAUAUUUGAAUAUAAAUCCUAGACCAAAUUAAAUCCAAUAAAAGAAAUCCAAAAUCAAGUCCAGACUUGGUUAGCUUUAUUUUGUUUGGAUUCUAUCUUGCUUGAGCCCGACACAAAUCAAAGCCAUAUAUAAAUCCCUUGCUGUUCCUCUCACCGCCGCUGCGACUCGAUUCCACCCAGCGUCCCAUGGCCCACCUGGAGUCCCUCCUCCAGCGAUGCUCCAAGCUCUCCCACAUCAAACAGCUCCACGCCCACCUCCUCGUCACCGGCCUCUUCCCAAUUUCCGCCUCCUUCCGCUCCCGUCUCAUCGAGCUCUGCGCCGUCGCAUCCUUCGGCGACCUCCACUACGCCCUCGCCAUGUUCCGCUCCACCCCCCGCUCCGCCGCCGCAACCAACGACUGGAACGCCGCCAUCCGCGGCCUCGCCGCCGGCCCUGAACCCGCCGCCGCCCUCCUCCUCUUCGCCCACGAGAUGCUCCCCCUCGCCCCACCUCGCCCCGACGCCCUUACCCUCUCCUUCGCCAUCCGCGCCGCUGCCCGCCUCUCCGCUCUCCCUCCCACCCGCCAGCUCCACUCCCUCCUCCUCCGUCUCGGCCUCGCCGCCGACGUCCGCCUCGCCACCACCCUCCUCGACGCCUACGCCAAGGCCACCGACCUCCCCUCCGCCCACCAGGUCUUCUCCGAGAUGACUCUCCGCGACGUCGCCACCUGGAACGCCCUCAUCUCAGGCCUCGCCCUCUCCGACCGCCCCCCCGACGCCCUCGCCCUCUUCCGCCGCCUCUCUUCCUCCCCCGAUCCCUCCGACCCCGCCCCCAACGACGGCACCAUCGUCGCCGCCCUCUCCGCCUGCGCCCAGCUAGGCUCCCUCCGCGACGGUGCCGCCGUCCACGACUACGCCCGCGCCCGCGGCCUCGACGCCGACGUCCGCGUCCGCAACGCCCUCCUCGACAUGUACGCCAAGUGCGGCGCCGUCGACCGCGCCGCUGCCAUCUUCCGCGCCACCCCGGAGAAGUCCCUCGUCUCCUACAACGCCAUCAUCAUGGGCCUUGCGCUGCACGGCCGCGGGGCCGAGGCGCUCCACCUGUUCGACGAAAUGCUCCGCUCCACCGACCUCGAGCCGGAUGCGGUCACGUACCUCGCCGUCCUAUGCGGGUGCACCCACGCCGGACUAGUAGACGAAGGCCUCCGCGUGUUCCGGUCCAUGCGGGUCCGGCCCACCAUGAAGCACUACGGUUCGGUGGUCGAUCUGCUGGGCCGGGCCGGGCGGCUGACGGAGGCUUACGGCGUGGUCGAAUCCAUGCCGUUCGAGCCAGACGUAGUUCUGUGGCAGACGUUGCUCGGGGCGUGCCGGACCCACGGGGAGGUCGAUCUGGCCGAACGCGUGUCGCAGAAGCUCUUCGAGAUGGGAUCCAACGGUUGUGGGAACUACGUACUGCUAUCCAAUGUCUAUGCGGCCAAUAGACGGUGGUCCGAUGUUGGGAGAGUCCGUGAGGCCAUGAAGAGCCACGACGUUAAGAAGAUACCGGGGAUCAGCACGACGGAGAUUGAAGGCGUGGUUCAUACGUUUUACAACGGUGAUAAGGAGCACGAGAGGUGGAGGGAGAUAUACCGAGCGUUGGAUGAGAUCGGGGCGAGGAUUAAGGCUUUGGGAUACGUGCCGGAUACUAGCAACGUGUUGCAUGAUAUCGGAGACGAGGACAAGGAGAACGCGUUGUGUCAGCAUAGUGAGAAGCUUGCUCUGGCAUUUGGUUUGAUCAGCACUCCAGUUGGUGCACCAAUACAGGUGAUGAAGAACCUUAGAAUAUGUGGGGACUGUCAUACAGUGGCAAAGCUGAUAUCGAGGGCCUAUGAUCGGGUGAUCAUUGUCAGGGAUCUGGCAAGGUUCCACCGGUUUGAAGGUGGGGAUUGCUCGUGCAGGGAUUAUUGGUGAUGAGGUUCUAUGAUGAGACAUUGGACAUUCAGCAUGGUCCUUCGCCUUCGAUGGACUUCAAGAAUCGAACCUAGAAUCAGACCAGUGGAGAGUUGCACGACGAAAGUGAUGCAGGCUGCUGGAUCUUAAUCAGACAUCCUACAUGCACCACAACAAGAAGCAGUAGCCCGGCCGCACCAUGACAGCAGUGGAAGUAGCUUAGCGGCAUUGAACUGGAAACUGGUUUGAGUAAGAGCUUCUCUCAGUCAAAUCUCAAGCAACUCGAGGCUAUCGUACGAGCGCCCGAAGCUAAUCAAGCUGCCAAAUGGCUUGCCAAUAGAUGAUCCGAUCGGUCUGGUGCAGCUCGACAAGAAGAAAGAGAACCCAAGGCUGGGGUCUGCCGCUGCUUCUUAAUAUUUAUUUAUUUGUGGAAGGGAACAGAGAUAUUUCUUACAAAGAUAUGUGAUCCUCAAUAUUCCUUGGAAUAUUUUCCUA